AUGGCAACCCAGAACCAAGACCGUCUCCGAACACACUUCUCCUCAGCCCCGGACGAAGAGCACAACAACCGCUGGGAUGACCUUUGGAGAGAAUCUACAUUCUUACCUUGGGAUCGCGGUCACGCGAACCCGGCCUUGAUUGACUUGCUGCAAGAGCGUGGUCGUCCAUUGUCGUCCCCAGACCCAAAUCCCUCCCUUGGCGCACCACCACCGAACAGCGAGUCCGCAGGCUACGCGUCUCUUGCUGGACCCCUGCGGGACGAUGGGAAGAGGAGGAGGGUGCUUGUGCCGGGAUGUGGAAAGGGAUACGAUGUAGCGCUGUUCGCGGCGCAUGGGUACGACGCUUAUGGGCUGGAGGUGUCUUCACAUGCUGCAGACGCGGCGAGAAAGUAUCUGGAAGACCCUGGCAAGGGACCGCUGGGAGGAGAAUACGCAGUUGCGAAUGAGAAGAUUGGGAAAGGAGCGAUGAGGAUUGUUUGUGGAGACUUCUUUGAGGAUGGCUGGUUGGCAGAUGUAGAGGGCUGGGAGGGCGAUGAAGGAUUCGACAUUAUCUACGACAAUACGUUCCUUUGCGCACUCCCUCUGUCACUACGGCCAAAGUGGGCAUCUCGGAUGACCACGCUUCUCCGCCGCUCUGCCCCGAAUACCUCGUCUACCGGUGGUGUCCUCAUCUGUCUCGAGUUCCCAACACACAAGCCCGCGUCCUCAGGUGGCCCUCCGUGGUCGCUUCCGCCUCUCGUACAUACCGAGCUGCUCAAACAGCCAGGCGGGGAUAUCUCGUAUGACGACCAGGGUGUGGUGACAAAGACGGAUAGAGAAGAGGCAGACAACGCGUUGGUCAAGAUUGCGCACUACACGCCCAAGCGGACCCACGAGAUUGGCGUGAUCAAGGGUCUCGUAAGGGACUGCGUGAGUAUGUGGCGGCACAAGGCGGAUUGUCUGGACGAGCAGAGGUGGCAUUGA